UUUGUUCAAUCAGAAUCACCGUCCAAAAUGUAGUUCCCAUAUUCUCUCUCUUUUUCAUGGUUAAGGCAGUAGCAACUAAACUUAAUUGUUCUAUUUUUUAGUCCUUUUUCUCUCUAAUCCAUAUUCCACCUUCUUCAAUUCGCAAUCUUUAAUCACUUUCUCCCUCAAAUCUCUCAUUUUUUCAAUCUCUGUGUUUGUUUUAGCUUCUGGGUUUUGUUCAAAUCUGAGCUUCACAGCAGAUACUACUAUCAUUUUAUUCUCUUUUAUUCCUUUGUCAAAUUUUAUUCGACAAAAAUGACUGUAGAGCAAGGAAUUGGACAACCUAGAGACCAGUUUCCCAUUGGCAUGCGGGUUUUGGCCGUUGACGAUGACCCUACUUGCCUCUUGCUGCUAGAGACCCUGCUUCGUCGAUGCCAAUACCAUGUUACCACGACAAGUCAGGCAAUUGCAGCAUUGAAGAUGUUGAGAGAAAACAAGAACAAGUUUGACCUGGUUAUCAGUGAUGUGCAUAUGCCAGACAUGGAUGGUUUUAAAUUGCUGGAGCUCGUGGGGCUUGAGAUGGACCUACCUGUCAUAAUGUUGUCGGCAAAUAGUGAUCCAAAGCUUGUGAUGAAAGGGAUUAGUCAUGGAGCUUGUGAUUAUUUGCUGAAGCCUGUUCGAAUGGAGGAGUUAAAGAACAUCUGGCAACAUGUAAUUAGGAGAAGAAAAUUCAAUAACAAGGAUAGGAAUCACUUUGACAACCAAGACAAGCUUCAUCAUGGAAGUAGUGAAGCCACAGCCGACCAGAAGCUUAAUAAAAAAAGGAAGGACCAGAAUGAAGACGAGGAUGAGGAUCGUGAUGAUAAUGAACAUGAAAAUGAGGAUCCGACAACCCAAAAGAAACCUCGGGUUGUUUGGUCAGUAGAGCUGCAUCGCAAGUUUGUUGCAGCUGUUAAUCAGUUAGGCAUUGACAAAGCUGUCCCUAAAAAGAUUCUCGAUUUGAUGAAUGUUGAAAAGCUUACAAGAGAAAAUGUUGCGAGCCAUCUACAGAAAUAUAGGCUUUACCUUAAAAGGAUCAGCACUGUUGCAAAUCAGCAAGCUAAUAUGGUGGCAGCGUUAGGCAGUACAGAUUCUUCGUAUUUGCAAAUGAGUUCUGUGAAUGGACUUGGGUUCCCCAAUUUGGCUGGAACUGGGCAGUUUCAUAAUGCAGCUUUCAGAUCUCUCCCACCAAGUGGCAUGCUUGGUAGGUUGAAUUCGCCUGCUGCUCUUGGUAUGUGUGGUCUGCCUUCUAGUGGAGUGAUUCAAAUAGGUCCUUUGCCAACCCCAGGCCACUUGACUAAUUGUCAGAGCCAAUUUCAGUCAAUUGUGCAUACUGGAAAUGAUGGGAAUGUGCUUCAAGGGAUGCCGAUGUCAUUGGAAGUUGAUCAAAUACAACCUAACAAGGGUGUUACCUAUAUCAGAGAACUUCCUACUGAUGUUAAUAAUACAACUACUUUCUCUGUUUCCAAUGGUUUCCAGGAUGCAAAAAUAAUGGCUAGCAGCUCAAACAGUGCUUUCCUUGGUGUUUCAAACAAACCCUUGAUGUUAGAAGGGAGUGUUCAAGAGGUUCAAGAUGGCCGACAAUUUGGAAAACAAUCUUCUCUUACUGUGGCCUCUUUAGAUUCAGGAUUUUCUUCCAAUUUUUUGGAUCAUGGUAGAUGUAAUGACAGCUGGUCAAGUGCUGUUCAGUCAACAGGUGACCAAUCGAAUUCUUUUGGCAUAAAUGACUGUUUCAAACAAGCUACCCUGCUUCCUAGUAACAUCAGAGAUAGCAUGUCAACAAUGGCUUUGCAAAGUGGGAAUAAUCCUUCUCAAGUCUCUUCUAUUUCUACAGUGCCAAUUCACUUGCAGGACUCUAAGGCAGAUUUACAGUGCCAAAUAGCUUCAAUUAGAAGUAAUACCAGACAAAUAAUUAAUAAUGCCCCACAAGGGUGGGAUGACCAGAGCCAGAGGCGAGAUGCCACUUACCACUCAAAUGCCGAAUGUAGUUCAAUAAACUCUGUAAUUCCUAAUCAUGGCACUGGGAGUCCUAUGGGCCAGAGUUUGGACCCAAAUAAUGCAAUUUUCCAGAAAACCAAGAGCUUCAAUUCAACAAGGCAAUCAGAUAUUGUGGAUCCAUUUCUGUUGAAGCACAAUGAGGUUGACAAUUUGGCAAUGGAGACCCUGAUGAGUUCAAAUGAUGGAUAUGUGAUAGGCCAACAGAAGCCACAGGGUAGUUAUUUUUCUAAUAAUUUUGGCUCCUUGGAUGAUUUAGAGAGUGUAAUGGUGAAACAGGAGCAAGAUAAGGUGACAAUAACAGAAGAAGAAUUUGGGUUUGGUUCUUAUUCUCUUAGGACGUGCAUGUAAAGCAGUUUUUUGCUGCCAGAAUCUCCAAGAGAGAAGGAUCUGCCAUAGAAUCACGUUUUCCUUGUGUAAUUGAUACUUCAUUGAUCUGUGAUUUCCAUUUCUAGUUUUUCCCUAGACAACUCUAUGCUACUAGCAGUUGUUUUUAUUUCAGCAGAGCGAAUGUUUCUAGCUGGUUGAACAGUUUCAACUUGUGAAAAUUUCCAAGAGCGUUUUUGUUUUUGAACUAUAGGAAAUGCAUCUUCUUGAUCA